ACCAAAAACUCAAUUCCUUUUACCACCAAUAAUGCACAUGAUCCCAUAAAAAUGAUGGAACAUCAAAAAUCCUUAGAAGCCAUAGUCAUGGAAGUUCUUUCUACCCUAACCCCUCUUCAACUCACAAAAUUCACCCACCACUUCUCCUCCCUCUACCACCACAACUGCCACCGUAUUUUCUCUCUCCUCUCUUCUCCCACCCUCUUCUCCCUCACUCUCCACCACCUCAACUCCCUCUCCCUCCACCGUAAAUCCCUCCUCAUCGCCCGCCACCUCUUGUCUAAACUCGCGAUUUUAGCCUACUUCGUGGAGAAAAACACGAUUCUACUACCAUCACCAUCAAUCACUACCAUGAGUCUUCGGGAUGUGGAUGCGGUUUUGAUGCUCUUACUAUUAUGUGAAUUGCGCCAACAUGAACCUGGGGCGUUGCACAACGCCCCACUAUCGUGUUGGCGCAAUAUUCUUCGUGACUAUAUGGCUAAGGACAUGUUGAAACUAUCCGGUAUUGAAAGUUGUAGUAGUGAAGUGAUAAUCAAGUUCAUUGAGCUAGUGGCUAAGUGCAAGAAUUUUGUUAAUGUCAUGGCUUGCGAUGGUGGUGACCAGGGGCGGAGCUAUGGAAUUUCUGACUCCGUCACUGAUACUGAUGAACGUAAAGACAAGAAGAAGUUAGCGGCAUCCGUGGCGGUGGUGGUGUCGUUGUCGUCAUCUAACGGUGGUGGAGAUGAUCAAUGUGUGAUAUGUAAAGAAGACAUGAAAUUAGGGAGAGAUGUUUGUAAAUUACCAUGUGAUCAUUUUUACCAUUGGAAAUGUAUAUUGCCUUGGUUGAAGAAGACAAACACUUGUCCAUGUUGUCGGUUUCAGUUACCGUCCGAUGAUGUUUUUGCUGAGAUCCAACGGUUGUGGGAUGUUCUGGCUAAGAUUAGUGGUGGUGCCACGUAGUUAAUUAAUUGCAGCCAGAAAAUUAAAUUAGUGGAUUAAAUUGUAGUAGCUAUCUUUUUCAGCUUAUCAAUAAUCCAAAAAAAUAUCUGUACAAAAUUUAUUGUUACAAGUGGAGU